UAUCCACUCUGGUUUCCCCCCUCUGCCUGCCAGCCCGUGUUACCAACCAAACCAUUUGGUUUGAACUUCCUAGACUCAUUUCAGCUUGAAGAAAAAAAUCUACUCCAGAUUUCAAAAUGACCUCUUAUAAGACCUCUUACAGUGUGAAGUCUUCUGCCCCACGAAGCUUCAGCAGCAGCUCCUAUGCUGGACCAGGUGGCUCCUAUAGGAGCUACAGUUCCAGGAGUUCCAUGUCAGGAACCGGCCGGGCUUUUGGAGGACCUGUCGUGGCCAGCCGCACUCAAUAUGGUCUGGGCUCAAGCAUGAGUAGUGCAGGCAUGGGCAUGGGCAUGGGCAUGGGUGCGGGUUUUGGUGGUGGCAUGGGCUCCCAGGCUCCCAUCACUGCUGUGACAGUGAACAAGAGCCUGCUGGCCCCCCUGCAUCUCGAGAUUGACCCCAAUAUCCAACACAUCCGCACGCAGGAGAAGGAUCAGAUCAAGACCCUCAACAACCGCUUUGCUUCCUUCAUUGACAAGGUUCGCUUCUUGGAGCAGCAGAACAAAAUGCUGGAGACCAAGUGGAACCUGCUGCAGGGACAGACCACCACCCGCUCCAACAUUGACUCCAUGUUCGAGUCCUACAUCAGCAACCUGCGCAGACAGCUGGAAAGCCUUGGCAACGACAAGAUGAAGCUGGAGGCCGACCUGCACAACAUGCAGGGCCUGGUGGAGGACUUCAAGAACAAGUAUGAAGAUGAGAUCAACAAGCGCACAGAGUGUGAGAAUGACUUUGUCCUCAUCAAGAAGGAUGUCGAUGAGGCCUACAUGAAUAAGGUGGAGCUGGAGGCCAGGCUUGAGAGCCUGACAGAUGAGAUUAACUUCCGCAGGUCGAUCUGUGAGGAGGAACUGAAUGAGCUCCAGAGCCAGAUCAAGGACACCUCAGUCAUUGUGGAGAUGGACAACAGCCGCGGCCUGGACAUGGACGCCAUUGUGGCUGAAGUCAAGGCUCAGUAUGAGGACAUUGCCAACCGCAGCCGUGCUGAGGCAGAGUCAUGGUACAAGUCCAAGUAUGAGGAGAUGCAGACAUCCGCCAACAGAUAUGGAAAUGACCUGAGGGCUACCAGGUCAGAGAUCGCAGACCUCAACCGCAUGAUCCAGCGACUGACAUCCGAGAUUGAUUCCAUCAAGGGGCAGCGUGCCAACCUGGAGGCCCAGAUUGCUGAGGCUGAGGAGCGUGGUGAGCUGGCUGUGAAAGACGCCAAGGCUCGCAUCAGGGACCUGGAAGAGGCCCAGCAGAGAGCCAAACAGGACAUGGCCCGCCAGAUCAGGGAAUACCAGGACCUCAUGAACGUCAAGCUGGCUCUGGACAUUGAGAUCGCCACCUACAGGAAACUGCUGGAGGGAGAGGAGGACAGGCUGGCGAGCGGCAUCAAGGCUAUCAACAUCUCCCAACAGAGCACAAGCUACAGUGGUUUCCCUGCAGACACAUUGAAGAGCAGCUACUCCAGUGGCAGUUUUAGCGGUGGAUAUGGCAGUGGAUAUGGCAGUGGUUAUGGCUCCGGAUAUGGUGGUGGAUACGGUGGCAGCAGCAGUGGUGGCAGCGGUUAUGGCUCCACCCAGACCAAGAAGAAUGUCGUUAUCAAGAUGAUUGAGACCAAGGAUGGCAGAGUGGUGUCUGAGUCCUCAGAGGUCAUUGAGGAUUGAGCUGUCUAGUGUAGAGAUGCAGCUACUUGUCUGCUAUGAUCUCAGCUGUCUCCCUGGUAGUUUUAUACUCACAGUUCACCCCUCCCCCCAACUAUCCUAAUAAACAAGUCUGAAGUUAAAUGCUUGCCAGCCACUCUCCAAUAGAGCCUAAACAUGUUUUUUUCAUGAAGUAAUAAACAAACACUACCAAAGAUCUGAAAGGGACCAAAGAAUUUAUUUUGGAUGUCUGACAAUACUAAAAAAUAAAUUGUUUUGACUCUGAAAAUGAGAUUGGGCAAAAUGCUCCCUUGAACGCUAUGCACCAGCUGUUCCAUACUUGAAGGACUGUUACCUUCAAAACUGUGUUGAAUCAAAUGGACAUGGAUGGUGUUGUUGAAGGAAUGCAAAUAUACUGAAACAGUGCUUCAGUGUUUUUGGUCAACUAAUGUCUUAAAAUUUCCUGCUACAGUAGGUAGUGCAUGUCUUCCCAGUGUGCUUCCUGUAACUGAAACUGUCUACCCCUUAGGAGACUGCCCACAUCAUACUGUUGUCCUGAGGUGCUGUUUUUGCUACCAAACCAAAUAAAAACGUGUUUACUGAAAAAAA